UUGGUUUAACACGUUGUAUGGAAUACGAUGAAAUGUGAAAACGUAUUUAAUAUGACUGGAAAUUAUUAGUAAACAUUAAAGUGAGAAUCGUUCGACAAAGCGAAGCAAAAAUAUUGCUGAGUGAGUGCAUAAAAUUAUUGAGGUCUGAAGUUUCGUUGGACAUUCUUUUUAUGUGUAAUAAACUGAAAAAUAUUAGUUCAGCUACCAAUGCUGGUCACAGAACAUCCGAUUUUAAAUAUCCAACCACAAGUGAUUCGGCUACCGUAACGAAAUAUUCGUGAAUAUGGCGAGUGAUUCGAAGGGUGAUAUUAAGAGCUUUUAUGCGAAGAAAAAUGUUUUCGUGACUGGUGCAACGGGAUAUCUCGGUAAAGUUUUGAUCGAAAAAUUGUUACGCGACUGCAAGGAUAUGGGCAAAAUGUACAUUAUGUUACGAGCGAAUAGUGAAUGUGAUGCAGCGACAAAAUUUGACAAAUUCAAUAAAAGUGCAAUUUUCGACAUAAUUAAAAAGGAAAAUCCAUCGGCUAUGGAUAAAAUACAUCUGGUCGUCGGUGAUAUGAGUGCCAAAAAUUUGAAACUAUCGGAUGACGACGUGAAACUGUUAACGAAUGAUGUGAAUGUUCUAUUCCACUGUGCCGCGUCGGUACGAUUCGAUGAGACACUCAAAUUUGCGGUUACAUUAAAUGCUAGAGGAACACAGCAAUUGUUGGAAUUGGCUAAGAAAAUGAAAAGCCUGGAAGCAUUUGUUCAUGUUUCGACGGCAUUUUCCAACACAAAUGUUAAAAAUGUCCAGGAAAUCGUCUACGAGCCCAUUAUGGAUUAUAACACAAUUAUUGAAGCAUCCGAAAAUGAAGGGAGGGAUAUCUGGCAAAGCAUCGAAAAGGCAGUGAGGAGGCAGUUUCCGAACACUUAUGUAUUUUCGAAAAAUUUAGCAGAGAAAAUUGUAUACGAUGCCAGGGACACUGUUCCUGUGACAAUUGUCCGACCAUCUUUAGUUACACCCUCAUUUAAGGAACCAUAUCCUGGUUGGGUUGACAGUUUAAAUGGACCAAUUUCUAUUUGUGUGGCAGCUGGUACGGGAAUUCUUCGAACCGUUUAUGGGAGUGGUUCGGUUAUUCCCGACAUGCUUCCAGUCGACUUUGCUGUGAAUUCUUUCAUUGUAGCCGCUGCAUUUGUGGGUCGGAAUAAAUGUAACGACUGUCCCGUAUACAAUUGCACGACCAGUUCCGAAGCACCAAUAUCGUGGAAUGAUUUUUUGGAAGUUGGAAAAAAGGCAUACGUAGAAUUUCCAUCGGAGAAAAUACUGUGGUAUCCUGGCGGCAAAAUGGAACCAAACACCGUUCUAUAUUUGUGUCGAUUCAUUUUUUUGCAAUUCAUACCGGCCCUGUUCAUCGAUUUAAUGUGCAUCAUUACUGGCAAAAAACCUUGGCUAACGAAAAUUCAAAGGAAAAUUUUCACGUCUUUGAACAUCAUUUCGUAUUUCUUGAAGCGACAGUGGUACUGGGAAAACAACAAUUACAAAUCAUUGUACGAGAAUUUAUCACCGUCCGACAAAUUUACAUUCGAUUUUGAUGCGACGAAAAUCGACUAUUUGGAUUAUGUGAAAGAUUGGUUGUCCGGAUCCCGGAAGUUCAUCCUUAAGCUUGAUGAUUCCACAUUGCCAGCGGCAAGGCAAAAACUUCGCAUUAUGUAUUGGAUCGAUUCGGUGGCGAAUGUUGGUUUUUAUGCUGGUGUUGCGUACCUAAUUGCAUUUCUAUUGAAAAAGUUUGUGGUGUUAGGCGGAGUUGCACACGUUGAAUGCAACACCUGUACCAAAUUUGAGUUGCAUAAUUGAAAUAAGUUGCGAAAAAUAUUCGUGAUGAUGUUUCUAGAUGUGUAAUCGACUACCAGUAAGCAAAUAUUUAUUUUCUUUACUUUUAUUUAUUAAAGCCUGACCCAAAUAAAGAGUAAACAAAAUAUUUCUUUAAACAAGAAACUGCAACUAUAUGCACUUAGAGGUUUAUACACAGCAAUAUUACACAAUCAACCAUUUUCUGAAUUGCUUGCUUAAAAUGUGCGACUUUUGAUGUGCGAAAUAUUUUUCAUUUUAAAUAAAAAAAAAUCAA